AUGACGAUUCCCCGCCCCGAGAGCGUGAUGGCGAUGACUGUGUUCCUAGGGAUGACGUUGGCGGUGGUCCACUUCGUGACGAUCGUUCAUCGGGCGAGGAGUGGAAGCAAUGGAGUGACGGCUGGGAAACCAGUCACUGGGGUCACUCAUGGGGUGGCGACAGCUGGAACUGGAAUAGCUCUGGGUGGGCUCAGGAUUCUGGUUCGUGGGCUGUCCGUGAUAGGACUUGGAACGAUGGAAGGUUUUGGGGUUCAGCUUCAACGGGAACAGGAUCUGCUGAUGGAGGUCCCGAACGGGACUCCAAGGACUCGUCAGUUGAUCAAUGGGGUCGCUACGUCUCUCUUGGCGACUCGAAGGGACAAGACGGGAGCCUACCAGAUGGGUGGGGUCCCUCCACAGAUGGUCAAGGAAGAGGCGCUCGUCCCCGACGCGAGGAAGGAGGCCGAGGCCUUGACGCUGUACCAGAACUUGUCGGAUCGAGUGGACUACUUGAUUGAAUGGAUCAAGGAUAGGUACCUAGAUGUGCAGGUGACUCAGAUCGGCCGCAGCUUGUCAGGCUUCUUCAGAGGCAUCGAUGAGGGCGACGAGGUUGACGAGGAGGGCAUCUUUGACCUGGACGAGCAGGAGGACUGUGUGAGCGAAGAGGUGGCCCUAGACCUCUACCAGGCGUUCAUGACCCAUGAGUCGGCUAAACAACGGUACCGCGAGAACGCUAAACUCCGAGGCAGCGACCCUGAAAGUUUGAAGCAGUUGGCUAUGGACAAGCUGAAGGCUGCAAAAGCCAAGUCGUUUUGUGCCGGGUGUAAACGGAGGGGCCAUUGGCACAAGGACGCCAUUUGUCCCCUCAACCGUGGAAGUUCUGAAGCACAGGGAACUGUUUCGAGCUCGGCGACUACGGGAUCUACGGCGAGGACAAGCGGGAACACGAAGGAGUUCGCGAAGGCCCAGUACCCCUGCCACGUUGUCCAUGUGACUUGGGAGAUUGAGGGCUACCAGAACAAGGACCUGCUGGCCAUUACGGACACGGCAUGCUCGCGCUCGGUGGCUGGCGCGGCCUGGGUGGACACCUACGUGACCGAGGCCCGUCGACUUGAGUGUGAUCCUCAGUUCACCUCGUGCCGCGAGGCUUUCAAGUUCGGUGCUUCAAAAGUUUUCGUGGCGAGCUACGGGAUCCUUUUGUGCUUUGAGAUGGGCGGCUACAAGGUUGGACUGAAGGUGGCAGUGGUAAACGGGGAUGUGCCGCUCCUCGUCUCCCGCGGUGCUCUCGGCAAGAUGGGGAUGCUUCUGGAUGUUGCGGAAAAUCGAGCUACCUUCAAGGCCCUUGGCGUGAAGGAUCUACUUUUGGAAACUACUGAGACGGGGCAUCCGGCCUUCCAGAUCAAGCCCUCGCCCCUGCCAAAGGCAUUCGUCCAGGGCCCCGAGUGGGACUCAUCGGAGAUCAAGAUUGUCCCGCAAGCUGAGCCAUACAUGAGUGCACGUGCGAGCAGGGGUCUAUGCGAUGAUGGUGAUGAUGGGGUUGAUGCUUCGACGUCUUCGGGAUCCAGGAGCUGUUUGACUAGCUGGAUGGUGUACGUACAAGAUGAGGUGAUGAAGAAUGAUGGAACCCCAUUUCCUCGAACACCUCGUGGUAAGCCAGCUCUAGACUACGUGCCCCUGUUCUACUCUAAGAGAGUCGGGAUCGCUACAAGAAACUUGUUGCUGGAUGUGAACUUCAAUCCCGAAACCUUUGCUGCAUGGUGGUCAUCUACAAAUAUCUCGAACGACUUCUGGAUAGAAGAUGAAGAUUUCCUGGUCCGGGUGCAUGUGAUUCCGCGGAGGAGUUUCCUGCCGUACAUGGUCUGUGGAGUGAGCCUCGAGAUGAGUCUUCUUUCCCUGUUCUUUGGAUCGGAAGGAGUGUCUUUCGUAGACGACGAUCAAUGCCUGACCCUCCCGCACUUUGCCUUCCUUGCGCAGAUGGCCAGCAGCUCCGAUCUCCUGACAGCUCCCAUCGUGACCCGUCCGAAGACGCUGUCGGAGUUCACCAAGGCAGAGCUCCUCGCGGAGGCCAGGGCCCGGAAUCUAUGGAUCAACGAGAAGUGGACUGCGGUGGAGCUGCGUUCCGCGAUCCAAGAGGAUCGCCGCAAUCCGUCG